CAGAGCUAUUAGAGUGUGAUUAGAUUGCUUGGCUCUGAGCGUUAGCUAAUCCCAUGCAGCUGGGCUCGCUCUGGACCUGAGAUGGCUCUGGACAUCAGCUGCUUCCUUUUAGUGGCUCUCUUCUCAGCCAGCUGCCAAGCCAUCGCAUCCUCAGAUCAGAGGUGCACUGAGAAAGAAGUCAACAAAACAUACAACUGUGAACAUUUAGGUCUCAGUGAAAUUCCUGGCACUCUACCAAACUCAACAGAAUCUUUGGAGUUCAGCUUUAAUGCCUUGCCUACGAUUCAAAAGACGACCUUCAGCAGACUCGUAAAUCUCACCUUCCUGGAUUUAACCAGGUGCCAUAUUUACUGGAUACAUGAAGAUACUUUCCAAAGCCAACCUCGGUUAGAGACACUUGUGCUAACUGCAAAUCCCCUGAUAUUUGUGGCAGAGACAGCACUUACUGGGCCUAAAGCACUGAAGCAUCUGUUCUUCAUCCAAACAGGAAUAUCCAGUAUUGAGUUUAUCCCAGUGCAUAGUCAAAAAGCCUUGGAAAGCCUCUAUCUUGGAAGCAACCACAUUUCCUCCAUUAGGCUCCCCAAAGAUUUCCCAACAGAGAAGCUGAAGGUCCUGGAUUUUCAGAAUAAUGCUAUCCAUCACCUGUCGAAGGAAGACGUGAGCUCUCUACCGCAAGCCACUAAUCUGAGCCUGAACUUAAAUGGAAACGACAUUACAGGAAUAGAGCCCGGGGCUUUCAAGUCAACUGUCUUCCAAAGUUUGAACUUCGGAGGGACUCAAAGCUUGCUCGUUAUCUUCAAGGGUCUGCAGAACGCUACUAUCCAGUCUCUCUGGCUGGGGACAUUUGAGGACAUUGAUGACGACGAAGAUAUUAGUUCUUCCAUGUUUGAGGGCCUCUGUGAAAUGUCUGUUGAGAGAAUCAACCUACAGAAGCAUCACUUCUUCAACAUUACUUCCAACACAUUCCACUGCUUCAGCGGUCUCCAGGAGCUGGACCUAACAGCCACUCACCUGACAGAAUUACCCUCUGGGAUUGUGGGACUAAGCAAGCUCAAGAAAUUAGUUCUCAGUGCAAAUAAGUUUGAGAAUUUGUGCCAAAUCAGUGCUUCCAAUUUCCCUUCCCUUACACACCUUUACAUCAAAGGCAACACAAAGAGACUUGAACUUGGUACGGGCUGUUUAGAAACCCUAGAACACCUUCGUGAGCUUGACCUAAGCCAUGAUGACAUUGAAACUUCUGAUUGCUGCAACCUGCAACUCAGAAACCUGUCUCACCUACAGAGCCUGAACCUGAGCUACAAUGAACCCCUGGGCCUCAGGACCGAGGCCUUCAAAGAAUGUCCUCAGCUAGAACUGCUAGACUUGGCAUUUACCCGACUCCAUGUUAAAGAUGCACAAAGUCCUUUCCAGAACCUCCAUCUCUUGAAGGUGCUAAAUCUCUCCCACUGCCUCCUUGGCACCAGCAAUCAGCAUCUCCUUGAUGGCCUGCCAGCACUCCGGCAUCUGAAUUUACAAGGAAAUCGCUUUCCAAAUGGGAAUAUCCAAAAGACCAACCCACUUCAAGCACUGGGAAGCCUAGAAAUCCUGAUUUUAUCAUUUUGUGAUCUCUCCUCCAUUGACCAUCAAGCCUUCAUCAAUCUGAAGAUAAUGAAUCAUGUAGACCUCAGUCACAACAGGCUGACAUCCAGUAGUAUUGAGGCCCUUAGUCAUCUUAAGGGGAUCUACCUCAAUCUAGCUUCCAAUCACAUUAGCAUCAUCCCGCCCAGUCUCCUCCCCGUGUUGUCCCAGCAGAGGACCAUUAAUUUAAGACAAAAUCCCCUUGACUGCACUUGCUCAAACAUUUACUUUUUAGAAUGGUACAAAGAAAACAUGCAAAAACUCGAAGACAUAGAGGACACUUUUUGCGCAAAUCCCCCAUUGUUGAGGGGAGUCAAGAUCUCUGACGUCAUGCUGUCCUGUAGUAUGGCAGCUGUAGGCAUUUUCUUUCUCAUUGUAUUCUUGCUCUUGUUUGCUGUUUUGUUGAUUUUUGCAGUGAAACGUUUUCUCAGGUGGAAAUACCAACACAUUUAACGCAAGGUUUCCAGAGGAGGCAGAUGAACGUGUUGAGCAGAAUUGUCCUAAGUGAAGAAACUGUCAUUCUCGAGUGACCAGACUUUUCUAUUGGUCCCCUAGGCUGGGGGUU